UCUCAGAUUAUCAAACAAACCCGAAGCUCCAUCACCUGCAAGAGCAAGACCCACAUCUUCAUUCUCCAAAUCUUCUUCAAUUCUUCAAAAUCCUCCGCCAUUUUCACCGGAAACCUUCUCCAUCCUUCUCCUCUUCAGCUGCACCUCUUGUUCAGAGCAAGCGGAAAGAUUCUCAACAAGCAGAGUGGCUUUCUUGUGUGUGUGUGCGCUUUUUUUUUUGUUUUACUGACGUGGCAUUUCCCAACGCCUAAAUCACAAAGGUUCUAGAGGGUUCCGAAGUACGACAAACAGAACGGCACAUAUUGAGAUCAACGGUCUAGAUUCACUCGAAGCUUCAGGAUUCUUUUAUCUAAAGGGACUGUUUUGCCCUUUUUUAUAUCACACUUUGGGUUCAUUCUCAAGAAGUGAAAGCGAGAGAUAAGCCUGAUAUUGUACCUACUACAACACCAGCUACGUUGUCUCGGCGUCUCUUAUCCAAAAACCCCUCACUAAACCCUAACGCUCGCCGUCGCCGUUUCCCGCUUUUCUAGGAGUCGAUGGCUUCAACUUUUACAGCCAUGUCUUCAGUUGGCUCCUUUGCUGCUCCUAGCUGCCGUGUUAUGGAUAAGAAAUUUUCAUCUUCUGCUUCCAUUUCUUCAUGCUCAUUUGUUAGGAGGCAGAAUGUGAUUUCACGCAGAAAUCACUCUCCCAAGAUUUGUGCCAUGGCAAAGGAAUUGCAUUUCAACAAGGACGGCUCGGCUAUUAAGAAACUGCAAACUGGUGUGAACAAGCUUGCGGAUCUGGUUGGGGUUACUCUUGGUCCAAAGGGCAGGAAUGUUGUUCUGGAAAGCAAGUAUGGGUCCCCAAAAAUAGUUAAUGAUGGUGUUACUGUGGCAAAAGAGGUUGAGUUGGAGGACCCAGUUGAGAACAUAGGUGCUAAGUUAGUGAGACAAGCAGCUGCCAAGACCAAUGAUUUGGCUGGUGAUGGAACCACAACGUCUGUUGUUCUUGCACAAGGUCUUAUUGCUGAGGGUGUCAAGGUGGUAGCAGCUGGUGCAAACCCUGUUUUAAUUACUCGAGGUAUUGAGAAGACCUCAAAAGCUCUAGUGUCUGAGCUUAAGAAAAUGUCAAAAGAGGUUGAAGACAGUGAGCUGGCUGAUGUGGCAGCAGUUAGUGCUGGAAACAACUAUGAAGUUGGAAAUAUGAUAGCUGAAGCCAUGAGUAAGGUGGGUCGUAAGGGUGUGGUGACUCUAGAAGAAGGGAAAAGUGCUGAGAACAGCCUCUAUGUUGUUGAAGGAAUGCAAUUUGACCGUGGUUACAUCUCACCUUACUUUGUCACCGAUAGUGAGAAAAUGGCAGUUGAAUAUGAAAAUUGCCAGUUGCUUCUUGUUGAUAAGAAAAUAACAAAUGCUAGAGAUCUUAUCAACAUUCUGGAGGAGGCUAUUAGAGGUGGAUACCCAGUUUUGAUAAUUGCAGAAGACAUUGAACAAGAAGCUCUCGCAACUCUGGUUGUGAACAAGCUUAGAGGAGCUCUGAAGAUUGCUGCGCUCAAAGCCCCUGGUUUUGGGGAGCGCAAGAGCCAAUACCUCGAUGACAUUGCCAUUCUCACUGGAGGAACUGUUAUCAGAGAUGAGGUGGGGCUUACCUUAGACAAAGUUGGCAAGGAGGUACUCGGUCAUGCUUCUAAGGUGGUGCUUACCAAGGAUACUACUACGAUUGUUGGUGAUGGAAGCACACAGGAAGCAGUAAACAAGAGAGUUGCACAGAUUAGAAAUCUAAUUGAGGCUGCAGAGCAAGACUAUGAGAGGGAAAAAUUAAAUGAAAGGAUUGCAAAAUUGUCAGGUGGUGUUGCUGUAAUACAGGUUGGUGCACAAACUGAGACAGAGCUCAAAGAAAAGAAACUGAGAGUAGAAGAUGCUCUCAAUGCAACAAAGGCUGCUGUUGAGGAAGGUAUUGUAGUUGGUGGUGGAUGCACCUUGCUGAGACUUGCAUCAAAGGUUGAUGCCAUCAAGGACAGCCUUGACAAUGAUGAAGAGAAGGUUGGAGCAGAUAUUGUCAAAAGAGCUUUGAGUUACCCUUUGAAAUUGAUUGCCAAGAAUGCUGGUGUUAAUGGAAGUGUGGUUAGCGAGAAGGUGCUUUCCAGUGACAACUUUAAAUAUGGAUACAACGCAGCAACUGGGAAAUAUGAAGAUUUAAUGGCUGCUGGAAUAAUUGAUCCAACUAAGGUGGUGAGGUGUUGCCUUGAGCAUGCAGCCUCGGUGGCAAAAACAUUCUUGAUGUCAGAUUGUGUAGUUGUUGAAAUCAAGGAGCCCGAAGCAGUGCCUGCUGGAAACCCCAUGGACAAUUCAGGAUACGGCUACUAAGGUGGACUGCCGAGAAAGGUGGAACCUGUGUGGUGUACCCAAAGAGAUGUUAGGUUGAUAGGGGCGGACGUUUUGUGUUUUUUUGUUUUUGUUUUUGUAAAAUCAUUUAUGUGCCAUAAAAACAUAAGAUUCUGGUGAGGCUAGCUCUCCGGAAUGCGGCAUAUUUUCCAGGCUUAAAGAGUAAUGCAAAUUACAUUUUCAACGUUUGAUUUUCA